CCCAAUUGUGUAGCAAUAUAUAUAUAUAUAAUGAAAAAAAAGUGUUAAAAAAAUAAUUACCCAUUUUCACCAAAGUUUGCCAGAAAGCAAAGCAAGCAUGCUUUUGAUGUUAGAAAUCCAUCAUCUACAUCAACUCAACCCAGAAAAGGAACACCUUUCUGCCCAAAAAACCCAACCCAGAACACAACUGAAACUAUCAAAAGACAGCUUUUUUAUGUUCCCUUUUUAACUGUUUUUAGUUUCUUGUUUCGCUUGUCUUUCUAGUUGCUUCAAACAGCUGAGGUGUAUAUAUAUAUAUAUAUAAUGGAGAUUCUGGUUAGAUGUUUUCAAAUUAUUGCAUGAGAGAAGAGCUUGUCAGAGUUUAGAGGAACUAAAUUGGAAGGAAAUGGGGUGCCUGUUAUCGACGCCAGAGGUUGCAGGAGGAGCUCGAAGAAGGCCGAGAAAUAUUGGUGAAGUUGUAGUUUUUGUUCCUGGACUGAGAAUUCCUAGGCCCCUUGAUUUCGCACAGCCACUUGGUGAUGGACUAUCCAAGAGCUUGGUUGAACGUCUAUCGGCGUUGAGAACACGUAUAGAGGUCAUGGCAGGUCAAGAAGCACCUAUGACUACUAAACCGAGAAGAACAGCCACACAACACGGAGGUUCAACGUUGACUGAUUUGCAGCAGGCUCUCGAGGAUUAUCUGCCGGUCUUGUUGGGGCUAGUUGAAAAUGGUAACUGGCUAAAACAUAACUUGCGGUUCUGUUGGAUAAAUCAGGAAGAUGACGUGGAGGAAACUACCAUGUCGGAUUCUUGGUAUGAGGUACUAUCAGUGUUGCACUUGAUGGCAGUUCUAUUGUUAUCACAGGCCAAUUUAUUGCUUCUUCCAAACAAAUUUACCAGUGGUUAUCAGUCUACAGCUUUGGAAGAUUGCAAACGAGCAUCCAUUGACAUUUUCUUAAAGGCAGCUGGAUAUCUGGACUUUGCUGUGCAGAAGGUUCUCCCUCAAUUGCCCUUGGAACUUAGGAAUGAUUUGCCACUAGAUCUGUCAGAGGGAGUGCUUAAAGCCCUUUGUUUGCAAGCAUUAGGCCAGGGUGUUGAGAUUCAACUGGGAAUGGCAAUUGAUAGCAUUAAGGCCACUCUGGCUGUGAAAAGGAGGCUAGCAUGUGAGAUGGUUAAAUACUGGCAUCAGGCUGAGGAAUACAUAAAGGACCUUCCACUAGCAAAUGGAUGGGGAGAAAAGCACAAGCUUUUCAUUCAGUGGAAGCACAUUGAAGCUAAGGCUAUUGCAUACUAUCUUCACGGAUUAAUCCUCGAAGAAGGGAACACAUCUGCUGGCAUAGCUGCAGCUGCUCUGCAAGCAGCAGAAGAGUAUCUCAAAGAAAGCAAAAUGGCCUGCGAUUCUUUCCAUGUGACACUCCCUUCGUCACGUAAUCCACCUCCCUGGGGAGCCAGCAAGUAUCUUGCUGAGAGGAUUCCAAAAGAUAUAUCAAGCAAAACAAUCAACUGGGAUUCACAAAAACAUGAAAUGAUUAAGCAGGUAGCUCCAGCAUUGCCUGACUUUGUCUUGUCCCUAAAACCUGAUGAGUAUCAGCUUCCUUCUACAGAUCCCUCCUGGAAUGAUUUACAAGUUCAAAACGUGGUUCCUACCAAGUGAAGCCUCAAGGGCCAAAAUGUCAGAUGUGCCUCAAAUAAUUAUAAUAUAUUACGCAUGGAAAACACCAUUUGGAAUAAAUCAAUGUUGUUGAAUGUCUUCCAA